AGGAGGUUUUGCCGAAAUACCGGAGACGGCUGGAAUUCCGUUGGCGCGAAAGCAGAAUGAGUCUGCAGGCUUUAAAUGGAGAAAAUUUUAGUGAUGACAUAACAGCAGAAAGCUGUGCAAUACUUUUCACAUCUCCGGAGGUCACAGGCAGGCCAUCUAUUCUUCGUCCAUCACAGAAAGAAAAUGUGCCACCAAAGGGGAUAGUGAAGCCUAUGAAGGUAACUUUUCAAACUCCUAUGCGGGACCCUCAGACCCGCAGAAUCUUGAGUCCAGAUGUAAGGAAGAAAUCUGAAACUUCUCUUAUACUAGAUGACUGUAUCGAGGUUCCAGAGGAUUUUGUCUUCCCUACAUCUAAUCCUGUGAGUCAAGAAACAAUUACAGCAAGUACAGAUAAAGCAAAAGAAGGGAUAGAGACAGAAGGAAAAGUUAGUCCUGAUCCUCCAGAUGGUGUCAUUCCAGCAAAAAGCAAAGAAGUCCAUGCUUCUGAUACUGAUUUAUUCAAGAGUUCUGAUAGCCUUCUUGAUUCUCCUAAAAGUCAGAAAAUGUCUCCUUCUGAAGUUUUCAUUGGAGCUGAAAAAUGGGAUAGAGAUUCUCUGCCAUUUGAUGCAAUUUGCCUGACUCAAACUGCUGCUGAAAGCAAUCCAUCUGAAGAAACCAGCUGCAAAACAUGUUCUUUCUCCUUAGUCUCAUUGCUUGAUGGUGAUUCCCCCAAACAACUUCUAGGCUCUAAUGAGGCUACAAAAUUGGCUCCUAACCAAGUUGACAAAGUUGAGCCUUUGUCAAUCUCAAGUAUGCAGAGUUCUUCCUUGCAGCAUGUGCAAGAGUCCUAUAGCUUUGAGAAUCUCAACUGUGGUGAGGUAAAAGAGAAGAUGGAAGGGAAAAUCAACACUAGGACUGAAGAAAGUUCUGUCCCCAAAACAUCUUAUAACUUUGAUUGCAACGAUCCUAACUUCAACCCAUUUCAAGGUGGCACCAAAAUGCAGAAUUCCCCUAAACGACAUGUGCCCAGCAUUGAGCAAGAUAAUAGCCAAGCAGAUCCUCUUCAAAUGCAGCAGCAUAAUCCAGAUGAAUCUGAGGAUAUAGAAAUACCCGAAAAUCUGAAGGAGAUUGAGGAGCAGAAUGUAACUGAAGAUCACGCAGCUAAAGCAGAAACUCAAGCUGAACCUUCAAGUGAAUUGAUGUUGCUUGGAGAUGGCCUACCACUUGCCCCCCCUUGUGGAAGAACUGAAAUAGCAGUGAAUGAAAGCAGCCAGAUAGAUACAGAAAAGGAAGAGUUCAGAUCACCUAUGGAAGUUCUAGGAAUGGACAUAGAAGUAGACUAUCUGGAGCAAUUUGGAAUGGCCUCGUUUAAGGAGUCUGUUCUAAGAAAGCAAUCUCUGUACUUGAAGUUCGACCCUUUGCUAAGUGAAAGCCCUAAGAAAAGUGGUGCUAACAACGCAAUGCCUGUUAUUCCUUCACUACUUCAAAAUGGCAGACAAUUUACAGAAAUGGCAUCCUAUGAUGCAAAAACAACUGAGCCUGAAGAAAAGCCAUGGGGACUAGACCUUCUUGGAACUUUCACAGAUCCGGCCGAAGCUUUUCUGGACAUCCCAACCAGUAAUGAUACUUCAUUGUUUCCUUGUGUUCUGUCUAAUGAGGCUAUCAUAGAAGUAUUGAAAUACAGCCAGAAAGACAUGGAUGCAGCGGUAGAAAAGGUUAAACAUGAGAACGAUGUUGUUGUCAAAAAGCUUGCUUCUGAGGUACAAGAAAACCAAAGAGAAGCUUUGGAAUGGAAAAAGGAACAUGACAAAAUUUGUAUUGAAAAUAAAGAAAUGGGAAAAAUUGUUGCAGAGUUUGAAGGCACCAUAACACAACUGAUGGAGGAUUCCCAGAACCAAAAGAAGCUUGCAAAAAAAGAACUGCAGAAAGUAUUGGAGGAAAAGCAACAAGCCAUUUCUGAUCUGAACUCCAUGGAAAAAUCUUUCUCUGAACUCUUCAAACGAUUUGAAAAGCAGAAGGAGGCGAUAGAAGGAUUUCAAAGGAAUGAAGAGGCUCUAAAGAAAUGUGUUGAGGAUUACCUUGUAAGAAUUAAGAAGGAAGAGCAGAGAUACCAAGCAUUGAAGGCUCACGCAGAAGAAAAGCUACAUCAGGCAAAUGAGGAGAUUGCGCAAGUAAGAAGCAAAGCCAAAACAGAAGUGGUGGCACUCCAAGCCAAUUUGCGCAAAGAACAAAUGAGAAUCCAAUCACUAGAAAGAAGCAUUGAGCAAAAGGCGAAGGAAAAUGAUGAACUCACAAAACUCUGUGAUGACUUAAUUUCUAAGAUGGAAAAAAUGGAUUAAAUCUCUGUGCCAUUACAUUUUCCUGUGCUAGUUCUCCCUUCAAAUCUUGAGAUGGAUAAUUAUGAAAAGUAAUGAGUAAAGUUAACUUGCACUAGCUUGACUAAUGUUUUUAUACAAAAACAGUCUAUACUCACCUUCUGUUUCCAAAAAGCAAUCGAAAACUGGCAAAGACAUGUACAUCAUUAUUUCUGUAAAUAAAAACUU